AUGAUAAAAAGUGAAGGAUUAAGUCCGAUGACUUGGGAGAUCAGCUACAGAGUGAGCAAAUUUAGGUCCUACAACCGUCUGCUUUCUUUAUAUCUGCUGCCACAGAAAGCAGCUUUCAAACAUCAUGAAGGGAAAAGUAUUACCAGGAAAGCACCAACUGGGCCUAAAUGCAAUAUUCAACUUAGAAUUAAUGGCAAGGAAUACAAGCUUCUAAUAAACGAUAAACGCGAUCUUAAAUGGGUGAUCAUUGUUGCUAUAAUUCUGCUAAUCUUAAUUUGCCUUGCUGGUAUCGGUUUCGUUAUCUAUAUGAAUGCAAAAACGAAAGAAAACAUGGAUAGGAUGAGACGAAAUAUGAACUGAAAUGAUGAAAAAUAUACAUAUUUUUGUGUGAUAAAAUUUUUUCCUUUGUAUAGGUUGUUAAAGUGGGAAUAAAAGUGAGAUGAUAUAACGA